AUCAAGACGUGUUGUAAAUGAAAACCUUCAAGGCCAGACUGCAGAUCCGGCUCAAGAAGCUCAAAGAAAACAAGCCGAAAAAGAACUUCGUUUACAAGAAAUGUGGGCAUUGUUACUUGUGGUUGCUUCACCAAUCAUUGGUGGUUAUGCUUUACACGGUGCAAAAAUGUACUUGACUGAUUAUGACAAGUACAUCUCCCAUUUCAAUAUCAUGCUAUUCGUAUUUGCUGCAGGAAUUCGUCCAUUGAUGCACAUCGCCAAUCUAGCUAAAAAUCGUACUUUAUAUUUACAAGAACAAGUUCAUUAUCCUAGUACUGAAGUGGAAUUAUUAAAACGACGUGUACAACAUUUGGAAUAUGAAUUUUCUCAAUUACGUCGUGGAUUUGCAACAAAACGUGACGUCUUAAAUGUACGUGAUGGUUUUGAACCAACUUUAACUCAAUUAAAUAAGGCUGUAAGAAGAUAUGAGAGAAAAGAACAAUAUCUUCGAAAUUAUUCGGAGGAAAGAUUUGCUUAUUUAGAAUCUAAACUUCGUGAAUUUGAUUCAAUUAUUUCUUGUAAAUUACAAGAAGAGCAAGCAAUUAGUGUUCCACGUAGUAUGAUGCAAUUUAUGUUCUUACCAUUUAACAUUGCAUUCACUAUACUGGGCUAUGUUACUUACUUCUUACCAAGAUCUUUACGAGGUUCAAGACCUGCUCCAAUGUUACAACCUGCUUCAAAUUCUGAUGAUGAUGAUGGUGGUAAAUUGCAUGAUGACAUGUUACAACAAGAAAUUUCUUACUCUAAAAGUUUACAAAAAUAUUAA